GAUUUACUAUGCAUUCACUAGGGUGCAUUGACUGGAGUGUAGUAGUAUUGGUGGUAUAUUUACUAUCUAUAAACAGCAUUCAAUCAAGUUAUGGCUUGGAGGAUGGGGAACUAGUCAUAAUACACAAUCAUUACAUGAAACGAGACAGAAGCUCCUUCUCAGAAAAUCUUUCUGCUGUAAAACACGCAAUUUCAAAAAAUAAGAAACUGUUAAAAAAACAUGACUUGUCUAAUGAAGAAAUAAAAAGUAGUGACAAAGCGAAGAAAAAAAAUACUAAAAGCCUCAAAAAAAUUCUAAAAUACCGAGGACAUAAGAAAACAUUGGCUAAAUGUGUCUUGAAGUUUAAGGCGAAUAUAGAACAAUAUCUGAGCCAAAACACACUUCAACCAAAAAUAGUUAUACAGCAUUUUAUUCAGCUUUUGGACCAAGUUUCUUACGUGUCUACAAAUGAGUUUCGAUCAGCAGAAGGCGAAAAUGGUGCCAUGCAGAUAGUUUAUGAAUCUCUCGAUGCUGUGAAAAACAAGAGUUUUCUCGCCGUUGUACUUAUUAAAAAAGAUAAACAAAAUGCCUUUAAAACAUUAUCAAAAAUAAGAAAAAGAAUGGCGGCCCUCAUUGAUGAAGGUAGCUCUUUGAUGAGUGAGCUAGAGACGAACGUGAUUAUGACCCUUAAAUUUAAGUGAUUAAAAAAAAGGUCCGUGUAAAGUUGGUAGUAGAUUUUUAUUCUAAGAACAUUGAAAACUAUGGUAGCUUGAAGGUUUAUGAGUUUGGUGCAUGGUUCUUGCUGUGUGACCGAGGAUGGGAUGACAAAGCAUCACAGGUUGUAUGUAGGGAAUUAGGUUACAAUCCUUCCAGGGCUGUUACAAUCAAAUCGGGACUUGCAACAUAUGGAGUAUUAGACAUCAACCCACAACCUCAACAUACAAUAUCAGGCAGAAUACGAUGUGAAGGAAAUGAAACACGCCUUUCUGAAUGCCACCAAGAGGAGUUGGAGCAGGGGAAUCGAUAUUGUAAACCAAAUAAUUAUGUAAGCAUAGCCUGUGGGGACAAGCAAAUGAUUAAAACUCAACUUGCUGAUGGGAAUCCACUAUCUGGCAGACCUGAAGUAUUUUACAAAGGA